GUAUGGUAUAUCGCUCUCACCAUCUUUUGCCCGAUCUAAUUUAACAGCUGCUGGCCACAGCUGUCUCUCGGCGCGUCCUCCAUCGUCACCGACCCCAAUACAACUACGGUCACAUCGGAAUUUCUCUAUCGUCUUCGUUUUCCCUUUCUGCUUCCACAGUCGCGUCACUACGAAACCAAAAAAAGAUUGUUUCAAGCGUCAACCGAUCAAUAUUCCACUCUUUAGUUUCUUAUUUCGGUUACACGCCGUCACACUGGCCGAACCUAGGUAAUCGAUCGACAGCGUCUCGAGUUCCACGAGCGCGCCGUUACCCGUGGCUGUUGCUGGGCAAACCUCGAAAUGGCAACAGUCUCGGGUACUACUACACUUACUCCGCCGGGCAGCUCUCAUGCAGACCAUUCGGGAUGGAAUCACACAUCCGGUCGUCAUGACGGCUCUAUGACGCAUAAGUCAUCCACAGACUGGCAUGAAACCAAUGGUUCCAUAAAGGGAGCUCACUAUUAUGGGAAUGGAGACUCUUCCUAUGACCCGUACUCGACAGAUAAUUACCGGCCAGGCAAAGACCCCCGUACAAGCCAAUCGAACUCGAUAUCUGAUCAUAAGCGCCCGAACGCCGAGGUUUCGCCUUCUGGACCGAACGACGAUGAACAUUCGAAAUGGAUACACAGAGACAAGCUGGCCAGGAUAGAGAGCCAGGAACUUCAGGCUGCUGGUAUUAUCUUGCCCAAGUCACGGGCCCAGAGCAGACCGAGACGAGAUCGAAGCCAAGAGAAGACGAAUGGCCAUCGCCGAGCUACGGAUGCUUCAGAUCAACAGUUUAUUGCGAGAUCUCGAAAAAACUCGGAAUUGAGCUUGGACAGAACUCCCGAUUUCGAGGCCCCAAGCUGGGAUUUACGCCUCCCCGAGGAGAUAGCGGAGGACCCUGGAGAAUAUUGGGUGACGAACGAUAGCGGAAAGUCGCGCAUUCCUGUAGCCAAAGUGAGCCCAGCACCGAUCCCUGUUGACUUCCUCGAACGAGAUGCGCCCGUUACGCGAAAGUCAAGUUUCGCCAUGCUCGACGAAGAUGCUUCAAUCGCGAUUCCAAAGCCGAGGUCACGUAGUGGUAGUGCUAACAUUCGUGAUGAGGCCCCGAAGAUUCCGACUACAAAACGCUCUGCCACGGAAGGAUCGCCUAAGAAAUCGACGACGGGUAGGAAAGCUUCCACAGUCACAAAAGCAACCACACAGGGUCGACCAAAGACUCGGUCAGGCCCAGCUCCUCGAAGCGGUUCAACGACACGGCCAACCACCAGGUCUGGCGAAAUGUCACCUAUCUCUAAGGCUGCGCCAGAGGGUGAUCCGCCAUGGAUGGUUUCCGCAUAUAAGCCUGAUCCUCGCCUGCCACCCGACCAACAACUACUGCCUACCGUUGCAAAACGACUGCAGCAAGAGAAGUGGGAACAGGAAGGCAAGUUCGGGAAUAUAUAUGACAGAGAAUUCCGUCCCCUUAAUGAUGAGGGUUUCCUGAAACCGCCUGAAUCGGAAAAACCAAAGGAAGAGGUCGAGGAGAAGCAGGAUGAAUGGCCGCUACGCCCUGGUGCUAAGAGUCCGAACACGAGCCGCCCUGGUACGAGUUCUUAUUCAACGAUGCCCAAGAUACAGGGUGCACAUGCUAUGAGUCCUCUUGCUAGUCCUCUUACGGCCCAACAACCGCAAACCCAGCCUGCUCCGAGCGUCAGAGUACCAACGCAGGUGGAAGAACCCCAAGAAGAAGACCCGAAGAAAUCGGGUUGCGGUUGCUGUAUCGUAAUGUGACCAGUCUGGCACGGCACGCAUUAAUUUGACCUUUGACCUUUGGUUGUCUUCUACGGUUUGCAAAUCAUACCACCAACGUGGGCAAACGCCGAGAUUAAACCUGCACGACGUUACGACUCUCUAAGACUUUAUCGCAUUCAG